GCAGGGACCAUGUUGCUUCCGAACAUCCUGCUCACCGGUCAGGGCGCGCGGCCGGGAGGGGAUGGGCGGGGGCAGGUGAGGGGCGCGGAGUGUUCUGGGCAUCGGGCGCCCUGGUAGGAGUUUCUCAGUGCCGUCUUCGGAGGCCUGCAGAGGGCCACGAGGCGGUUGUCAGCGUCCCGGGAGCCGACCCUCACGGGCGUUGCGGCAGGCGGGGGAGGGGACGCGGAACGUUAUUUCCGUUGGCCCGAGGCUCCCGGGGGAGGUGAAGAGAGGUCGGCAGAUCCAGCUCUUCUGCUUAGCAACCUGCUUAGUCUUUCGGAAUCUGGUAUUUCGUUUGUAAAAUGGAUUGUUAAUUCUUUGGCAGGGUAGGCUUUGAAAUUUUCAGGGAAAUAAGGCCAUAUCUGCUUCCCAGUAGUGCCAUUAAUGGUGGAUUCCUCACUCCUUAGGCCUCCGUGGGCCGUAUUUUAUUUUUUCCUUUGCUUCUGAUAAACGCCUCAGAUUAGAUUUCGGUAAAUGAGUUCAGAUGUUUGUGGCGUGACGAAAUUACUGUAUGCUUUUGUUGAGUUACAUCAGAGGCUCCCCCCGCCCCUUAAAAAGAAGGCAUCUAGUGAGCAUUUCGGGUCGUUUCUCGCGUAGGAGUGGGUCUUUGAAGCCAUACUCAGGGUACACCAGGGGUUGGAAAAACUACACUAGGCAAAGAACUUGCGUCAAAAUCAGGACUGAAAUACAUUAAUGUUGGUGAUUUAGCUCGAGAAGUCUGAUCAUCGGAUAUCAUGGAGUCUGGCAAGAUGGCUUCUCCCAAGAGCAUGCCGAAAGAUGCACAGAUGAUGGCACAAAUCCUGAAGGAUAUGGGGAUUACAGAAUAUGAGCCAAGAGUUAUAAAUCAGAUGUUGGAGUUUGCCUUCCGAUAUGUGACCACAAUUCUAGAUGAUGCAAAAAUUUAUUCAAGCCAUGCUAAGAAAGCUACCGUUGAUGCAGAUGAUGUGCGAUUGGCAAUCCAGUGCCGCGCUGACCAGUCUUUUACCUCUCCUCCCCCAAGAGAUUUUUUAUUAGAUAUCGCAAGGCAAAGAAAUCAAACCCCUUUGCCACUGAUCAAGCCAUAUUCAGGUCCUAGGUUGCCACCUGAUAGAUACUGCUUAACAGCUCCAAACUAUAGGCUGAAAUCUUUACAGAAAAAGGCAUCAACUUCUGCGGGAAGAAUAACAGUCCCGCGGUUAAGUGUUGGUUCAGUUACUAGCAGACCAAGUACUCCCACACUAGGCACACCAACCCCACAGACCAUGUCUGUUUCAACUAAAGUAGGGACUCCCAUGUCCCUCACAGGUCAAAGGUUUACAGUACAGAUGCCUACUUCGCAGUCUCCAGCUGUAAAAGCUUCAAUUCCUGCAACCUCAGCAGUUCAGAAUGUUCUGAUUAAUCCAUCAUUAAUUGGGUCCAAAAACAUUCUUAUUACCACUAAUAUGGUGUCAUCACAAAAUGCUGCCAAUGAAUCAUCAAAUGCAUUGAAAAGAAAACGUGAAGAUGAUGAUGAUGACGAUGAUGAUGACGAUGACUAUGAUAAUUUGUAAUCUAGCUUUGCUGCAUGUAACAUGUAUACUUGGUCUUGAAUUCAUUGUACUGAUAUUAAACAUGCAUGCUGGAUGUUUUCAAGUUGUGUUUUAGAAAACUUUAAUAAUAAUUAAUGAGUAAAUACAGUUACCAUACUUUUCAAUUGAAAUGAAGGUUUUUCAUCAGCCUUAAAAGUGUAAGAGAAAUAAAGUUGUCAUUCAUUACUUUGA